GCGUCGGUGAAGCGAACUGAGAGAGAGAGAGCGCGCCAUGGCGCGGUAUUGUCUGUUCGGGGUUUAGGCGGACAAACAGCUAGGGGAGGGGACGAGAGAGAGAGAGAGUGUCGCAGGCCGGAGGCCUUGAAGAGUGACGCGGCGGGAGGAGGAGAAACGAGGGACAGCCAUCGCCGCCGAUGAGAGGAGCAAAGCCGCACCUUCCAUAGGAGCCGCGGGAGAGAUGACAGCAGAGCCGCGCAGUGAAAGCAAGCUGAAUACAUUAGUGCAGAAGCUUCAUGAAUAUUUGGCUCAAUCAACAGAACAAGGUGAAGAAACUGUAUCCUCUCCAAAGCUGUGUCUAAAUCAGUUUUCAGGUAAAGGGAACAUAACUGUAAUUUCCGCUUCAUCACAUAUGGAGGAUAAAGAGGCCUCCAGUCAAAAAUCGAAGUCUUCGGGAGCAUCCCGUUCAAGAAGGAAGCCCUCCUUUGUGACAAAACACGUUGUAUCGGAUGAUGAAACUUCAAAUGAGAAUACCUCCGAUUGUGAAAAAUUGACUUCAAAAACUGAGGAUACAAAUGACUUGGAUGUGAAUAGUCUGCCUAAAGGCACAAUAGUUGUACAGCCUGAACCAGCAUGGAAUGAAGAUAAAGAUAACUUUCGAGGCCCUGAAUUUAGAAGCAGAAAUCCUAAAAACAAAAUGGAAACAGUGAAGAAACGUGGAGAUGAGAAUCUACAUGGAAUAGUCAGCUGUACUGCUUGUGGACAGCAAGUAAACCAUUUUCACAAGGAUUCAGUCCAGCGGCAUCCGGCAUUGAAAGUUCUCAUUUGUAGGGUAUGA